ACUGUUUAUGUUACUAAGAACAGAAAAACGACCGAAAGAACUGGAGCCUUUAUGGCCCGUUGAGUAUACCGGGCUCUGAUUUUCGCUGUCCGUCUCUGCAUUUCUUUCUCCAAUUGUGUGAUUUAAGCUUGCUAGAGAAAACUUUAUCAGAAUCUAUCUGUUUAACCCUGAACUGGGCUGGGAAAAUUUCGGAAUUUUUUAAAAGGGAAUUUUGAUACGGCGGUCAUGGCAACAGCUUUGCGAUCAUUAACCCGGGCUAUGAGGAGAUCGAAACUGUUAUCCAUGUAUAGUUCAGGAUAUAUGUUGCACUCUCAUGCUACUAGUUUUGGUCACAAUUUCAGGGUAUAAAGAGGUGCAGGAGGAAGAAAAGAGCCAAAUGGUUGGUAACGUUUUCACCAGUGUUGCCUCAAACUAUGACCUAAUGAAUGACUUGAUGAGUGGUGGAUUACAUAGAUUAUGGAAGGACAGAUUGGUUUCCAAGUUGAAUCCUUUCCCUGGAAUGAAGCAUCUUGAUGUGGCUGGUGGUACAGGGGAUGUUGCUUUUAGGAUUCUAGAAAGUAUAAACAGUGUUAAACGUAGAGCUUUGCAAGAUUCUCCUGAAGAUAAUUUGCUGGAGGAAACUCAGAUUUUUGUGUGCGACAUCAACCCAAACAUGUUAAAUGUUGGUAAGAAGCGGGCACAAGAGAGAGGUCUUGCUGAGGAUAGAGCUCUUGUCUGGGUAGAAGGAGAUGCAGAAGCUUUGAAUUUUGAGGACAAUUCAAUGGAUGGUUACACAAUUGCCUUUGGGAUCAGAAAUGUUACGCAUAUUGAAAAAGCUCUUGCAGAAGCUUAUAGGGUGCUUAAACGAGGGGGAAGAUUUCUUUGCCUUGAACUGAGCCAUGUUGAAGUUCCAAUUUUCAAGGAACUGUAUGAUCUGUACUCUUUUUCAGUCAUUCCAGCAGUAGGAGAGCUAGUUGCUGGUGAUCGGGAGUCAUAUCAGUAUUUGGUGGAAAGCAUUCGUCGUUUUCCACCUCAGGAGAAAUUUGCUGCUAUGAUUGCAGACGCUGGAUUUCAGAAGGUAGAGUAUGAGAAUCUCGUAGGAGGGGUGGUUGCCAUCCAUUCUGGGUUAAAGUUCUAAUGCUAAUCCGUGCGUCAAGGCUAUAUUUUCAUCUUUUUAUGGAAGAGUGAGGCGGGAGAAAUGUUGUAGGGUAUCAGUUGGAUGUGGUGCAAAGUAGGUUUUACCAGAGAUUCCGUUUAUGCUAUACAUCUCUUCUGUCUCAAUUGUGAGUUCUCAGAUGUACAGCAUUUGCUGGGCACACAGUUUUGCUCUCAACAGGCUAGGCUGUUGCAUUCUCUGAUCUUCAUCUUUUAGGUAAAAAUUCUACAAUUUUGAUGCUCAUUUGUUCAAGAGAAGGCUCGCUAAUAUGCAGUUGUACCUAAUUUUAGUGCCACAGCGCUGGAUAAAUGAUCUCAAGCAGCUUAUUUCGUGAUUCUUUCUGGUUUGGAUCAUGCUAAAGUAUACUGACA